CGCCGUCUCAUUCCCCAGCCGCCCGCCGUCCAAUCACAGCUCCGCCGAAUAUCAGCACGAACCCGGAAGGUCGCCCACGCUCCACAAGAGCCGAGGCUCGCGGCACGAUUUCCAGACAUGGCUGGACGCCGUCCAUUCCCCCUAAGCCCCCAGACCGAUGUCAACCGAGAGACGCACUGCCUCCUCAACUAGAAUGACCUGACCGCCGGUGCGACCUGCUCGAACUCUCUCUUUAUCCUCGUGAACCCGCACUCUGGAGAACCAACCUCAACUCCUCCUCCUCCUACCUCGACGGAUAUCCCAUCUACCGUAGACGAAUCGAGCCUCCAAUUCGACUGCUAGACCCCGCCGUUAGCUUGUCCCUUCGAUUCUUCCUCUUUAGUCCGAAUAAUAAAGGAGUCCAAGCACGAACUCCAAACCGCCCACCAUGGCCGCAAAGACGUUCUCUCGCGAUGAGGUCGCAAAGAACAACACGGAGGACUCCCUCUGGUGCAUCAUCGACUCUAAGGUCUAUGAUCUGACUGACUUCGCCAUGGGUCACCCCGGUGGCGAGGCCGUCCUCCGUCAGGUCGCAGGCCAGGACGCCACAACCCAGUUCUACAACCUCCACCGUCAGGAGGUCCUCACAAAGUACGACAAGACCCUCGUCAUCGGCACUGUCGAGGGAGAGAAGCCCCAGGUCGUCGUCACCGGCCCCGGCGAGCUGUCUCCCGUGCCGUACGCUGAGCCUACUUGGCUCACGCCGCAGUUCAAGUCCCCCUACUUCAACGACUCGCACCGCUCCCUGCAAAAGGCCAUUCGCAAGUUCACCGACGAGCACAUCACCCCCGUGGCUCUUGAGUGCGAGGAGAAGGGCGAGCACAUCCCCCAGGAGCUCAUCGACAAGAUGUCCAAGGCUGGCGUGCUGCACAUGCGCCUCGGGCCUGGCAAGCACCUGCAUGGCGUUGAACUCCUGAACGGCGCGGUCAAGGGCGAGGAGUUUGAUUACUUCCACGACAUGAUUCUCAGCCAAGAGAUGGCCCGGACCAACUGCCGCGGUUUUCAGGACGGUAUGCUUGCGGGUAUGACGAUUGGCCUGCCUGUUGUUCUCAACUUUGCGAACUCGGAGUCGCUGCGGAAGCGCAUCUCGGACGAGGUCUUCAGCGGCCAAAAGAAGAUUUGCUUGGCCAUCACAGAGGCUUUUGCCGGAAGUGAUGUCGCAGGAUUGACAACCACAGCUGUGAAGACGCCAGACGGAAAACAUUACAUCGUCAAUGGAACCAAAAAAUGGAUUACUAACGGAAUUUUUUCUGAUUAUUUUGUUACUGGCGUGAAGACAGACAAGGGUUUAAGCGUCCUCCUGAUAGAGAGAGGCGAAGGGGUUGAAACCAAGGCUAUCAAGACAUCCUAUUCAGCUGCCGCAGGAACGACUUACAUAACGUUUGAUAACGUCAAGGUUCCAGCGGAGAAUCUUUUGGGCCAGGAGAACAAGGGAAUCCACGUCAUUCUGAGCAACUUCAACCACGAGCGGUGGACCAUGGCCUGUGCCACAAUCCGCCAAUGCAGAGCUGUGGUAGAGGAGUCUCUCCUCUGGGCAACCCAGCGUCUCGUCUUCGGAAAGCGUCUCAUCGACCAACCCGUCAUCCGCCUCAAGCUCGCAAAGAUGAUUGCCCUCGUAGAAUCCCACCAAUCCUGGCUCGAAACAAUCACCUACCAGAUGAACUCGAUGCCCUACAAGGAACAGGCAAAGCACCUCGGCGGGCCCAUCGGCCUCCUCAAGAUGAGCGCCACCCGCGCCGCGCACGAGAUCGCCGACGAGUCGGUCCAGAUCUGGGGCGGCCGCGGCCUCACGCGGACGGGUAUGGGCCGCGUCAUUGAGAUGUUCAACCGCACGUACAAGUUUGAUGCCAUUCUUGGUGGCGCGGAGGAGGUGUUGGGCGACUUGGGAGUUAGGCAGGCUAUGAAGUUUAUGCCCAAGUCGAGGUUAUAAAGGGGCAUUACUUCGUUGGGGCAGGGACAAACGAUACCGGUGUUACGUUCCGGGUUAUUUGUUGCUGUGAGAAUAGGCUGCACUCUACUACACUACACUGGGACGCCGCCCUCGUGACGGACACGGGAUGAAGAACCGGGUGCCCAUUUGUCAGCUAUAUAUAUGUACUGUAAAAGGAAUCAUUCUGGAACACCUCA